AUGCUUUCUCAGUUGGCUAUCAGUCUGGGACUGAGUGCUUUACCCGCAGUAAAGGGGGUGCAAUGGUUCAAUCUAACAGUGCUUCUUGUUGCUCCUGGAAUCGCGCUGUAUGGUCUAUGCUCAGUUCCCAUAAUCAGAGAAACCGCCUUAUGCACCUUUGUCCUGUAUUCGGUGUCUAUGCUAGGUUACCAUCGGCUUUGGUCGCAUAGGACGUACAGGGCCCACCGCGCGCUACAAAUCGUCCUCAUGAUGUCGGCUACGUCUUCCGUACAAGGUUCCUGCUACUGGUGGGCCCGCCACCACAGAUCACAUCAUCGCCACACGGACACGGACAAGGACCCCUACAAUGUACAGCGGGGCCUCUUUUGGUCCCACGUCGGGUGGAUGAUAUUCCGGACUGACUUGCGACCCGGUGCGGCUGACGUCUCUGAUCUCAAGAAGGACGCUCUCGUGCAAUGGCAACAUCGGUGGUACUUCCCUCUUGCCCUCGCCUCCGGAUGUAUUGUGCCAUUGCUUUUCUGUGGCCUUCUGUGGGGCGACUGGAGUGGGGGUUUCUGUUUUGCGGUCGCAUUGAGGAUGACCGCAUGUCACCAUAGCACCUUCUGCAUCAACUCGAUCGUGCACUACCUCGGCGAUGCUACGUAUGACGACAAGUUAUCGCCACGCGAUCAUCUUCUAUCCGCGCUACUCACCAUGGGCGAAGGUUACCACAACUUCCACCAUCAAUUCCCUAUGGAUUAUCGCAACGCUUUCCGAUGGUACCAGUAUGACCCAACCAAGUGGUUCAUCGCCGUAUGCAACGUCCUUGGCCUCGCUACGAAUCUCAGAAAGUUCCCGAGCAACGAGAUCGAGAAGGGCAUCCUUAGCAUGAAGCUGAAGGACCUGAAGACGAUUCAGGACUCCCUUAAGUGGCCCUUGCGACCAGAAGAGCUUCCAAUUGUUGCCUGGGAUACAUUUCAAAAGGAAGCCCAUGGCAGGGCUCUCCUGCUUAUAUCUGGAUAUAUACAUGACGUGUCUUCGUUCAUUGAUGACCAUCCCGGCGGCGCCGAGCUGCUCGCUCAAAAUACCGGAAAAGACGUGACCGCCGCGUUCUUUGGGGGCAUGUAUGAACAUUCGAAUGCUGCGCACAACCUAUUGGCGAUGUACCGCGUUGGGAUACUUGCAGGAGGAGUCGAACGUCUCGGACAUCCUAGCCUACCGCCUGCCCAAGCGCUGUAUAUUGUGAACGGAGCAUCGAAGUGA